GAAAAAGAAAAUACGGGAAAAAGUUGAAAAAACAUAAACAGAAAAAAACGGAGUUCCUAAAACAGCGCCAUGGAUGAAUAGAGGAGAGAGAGAGAGGUGAAACCCUAAAAUUGAUUGCGGCGGAGGCGGCGGCGGUGAUGGGAGCGAGAGGGUGAGCGUGGGAUGAGGAGAUGGAGAGAUCCGGUGAUCCGGAGGAGAAGGAGGUCUGGGGGACGCGGGAGGAGCUCCUCCUUGCGUUCGCGGUAGUCCGGCACGGCACGCGCCGUUGGGACUUCGUCGCGACUGAGAUCCAGUCCCACGCCUCCGGCUCCCGUUCGCUCACCGCCCAGGGAUGCUUCCAGAGGUUCCGCGACCUUCAGAGCCGGUUUGGUGCCGGCGCCGUCGACGGAGGAGUGGGCGACGACGGAGGUGACGCCGACGUGCCCUGGCUCGAGGAGCUCCGGAGGCUUCGCGUCGCCGAGCUCCGCCGUGAGGUGGAUCAAUACGAUUUCUCGAUCAGAUCUUUGCAAUCGAAGGUGAAAAGCCUGCAAGAGGAGCGCGAACGGAGGUUGGCGGAGUCGGAAUCUGGCGACGGAAAGCCAUCAUAUGAAGGAAAGGAGGAGGCUCCGCCGGGUUCGAGGCCUGAAAGCCUCGUCGGAGAGCCGUCCUCCUCCGCCGGUGCAUCCGGUCCUUCUUUCGAGAGGUCCGACUCAACGGAUCCAACGGAGAAACACAGCAAAGCCGGUCGGAAGCCGCAUACGGCUAUCGCCAGCGAUGGAGAGGACGUCGACGCGACAGAUCCUUCCUCGGGUGGCGACGAGAAGGCGGCCGAGGGUUCGUACAACGGGAGCACGGGCAGUCCGGUGGAAGGGCGGACCUUCCUACCGCACGCGACGGGAGAGUUCACCGCCGAGUCGAAGAGCGGGGAAGGGGAGAAGGAGAGCAGCGAUAUGCAGAGCUCGGCCAGCUUGUCCCGGCGGAGGAAGGCGGUUUCCAGCAGCGGGGUGAAGGAGAUGGAGACCGAGCAAGCGUCGAUCAUGAGCAAGCAGGUGGUCGCGGAAUCACAGCCGUUGCUUGCGGUCCUCGCGAUGAUCCGUUCGGACAAAUACGGUUCGAUCUUCAACCGUCGAUUCGAGAGCCAGGAAAGUGCAAUCUAUCGAGGCUUGGUGCGCCAACCCAUGGACUUGGAGAUGGUGCGAGUCAAGCUGGAUCGUGCCGGAUCCGACAGCCCGUAUUCGACGGCGGAGUUCUUCCGGGAUCUCUUCCUCCUCUGCACUAACGCCGCCGUUUUCUUCCCCAGAGACUCACCGGAGUCCGUCGCUGCUCUUCACCUCCGCCGCGUAGUGGCCAAGGAAAUGGCGGCUGUCUUUCCGGUUCAAAAGGAACUAACGCCGCCGCCCAUCCCGCUGCCUCCCAAGCCAUCCGUCCCGAUGCCCAAGGCUGAGCCGGGCCUCGAUGGCGCCUUCGCCGACAAGCCAAUCUCCUCUGCGCCGCUGAUCAUGUGCCGCAAGCCCAGCUCCAUUUCCAACAAGUUAGUCUCUGAGGAAGUGAGGGAUGAGAAAGAGGAGAAGCCGGGACCUUCGGAGAGCGAGGAGAAGAGCCUCCCGAAGAAGAUCACCAAGGAUAGGUCCGUGCUUAGUGGGACUAUCAAGGGCUUGCGCACCAGCAAUCCCCGAGUUGGUAAAGCGCAGGCAGCCGCGGCCGCCAAAAGGCUCAACCUUGCUACCGUUCCUAACCUCAAGUCCAAACUGGUCGAAAACGAGGCGGCCGUGGACGAGCCGCGAAAACCAGACAAGAAGAAUGGCGACGGCCGUACAGCUUCUACAAGCUCCGCGGCGAAGAGGCAAAGCGCAGCCGGCUUCUUGAACCGGAUGAAACGGAGCCCCAAGGGCAGUUUGAUGGACACGUCGAAGAACUCCCCUCCCCCCGGUCCCGUCAGCGACGGAAAGGCUACCGAGCAGAAGAAGGAGGCGAAAGGGAAACAACAGAGCGCCCGUGUUGCGGCGGCUUCCGGCGGAAGCAGAUCGGCCAAGAAGGCCGCGGACACGAGCGGUGGUGGUUCAGGAAAAAGGAGCGUGGGGAGGCCGCCGAAAAGGGGGUCGGCGAUUGCCCUGCCGCCUGCAAAGAGGGCAAGGGAGGAGUCGGAGCCGCCUUCUAUCACCAGGUCCACGGCGUCGACGUCGAGGAAGCGAGGGCGGAGAUGAGAGGUGGGUAACAAGGACUCGUAGGGAAAAGAAAAAACACUCUAAUCUCUAAUUUAGUUAGUAAAAGUUGAUUUUGAUUCACAUUGUAAGUUGUAAUCUUAAUUAACAGUUUGGAAGAAACCCAACUUUACAUGCCGGCCUUCUCAACCUUGUCUGUAAACAUAUUGUGCUUGUUAUUUUUGAAGCUCUUUAAUUUUCA